UACAGGUGGAUCAGUUUGAAACGAUUGCAAAUCUGAGUAUAAUGUUCGCAAUUUUGGUAGCAGUAGCUCUGCAGGCAUCUCUGGCGAGUGCCGAUAUUCGAGGAAUUCGUGUAGCCUCGUUGCCCAUGGCUGCGCCAAUGGCAGCGCCUACUUUUACUUUCGCAUGCGCGAAUAACAAUUUCGGUGCGGGAUGUACAGAAUGUGCUAAAGGAAAGCUAUGCCUUGGUACCGCUGAAGCAGCUGACGUGGACUGCACUCUUACGCCGAGUACACCCUACUGCAAUGCCGGCCAAUGUUCCGCCACCGCUGUCGAUGGAUGUGCAACCACUACUGCAGCGGCCAGUAUCACCUGCACAUCGGAUGGAAUUUUCCCAGAUUCAAAAUUAUGCGGUGUCUAUCAUGCAUGCGAGAAAGCAAACUCCCAGUCAGAUUUGUACAACUGUCCUGCCGGAUAUGUUUUCAAUCCACUCACCGCAUUGUGUAAAAAGAGUUCUUCCGCAGCGGACUGUUUGACGAUCAAAUGUCCUGCCGCCAGCGGAUUCGGCACUUACGGUACCAGCAAGACCUACUAUGCCUAUUGCCUAUAUUCGGGUUCUCCAGUGGCUCUCACACAAACGAUUAUGUUCAAGUGUCCCACCAAUACAUUAUUUGAUGGUACUCAAUGUGCAUACACAUGCACAAAGGAAGGCAACUUUGCCAACUCGGUCGAUAAGACAACUUAUUACCAAUGCUCCAUCUCCGGCGGAAAGUGGGUUGCCACACUUGUGAGUUGUCCUUCUGGUAAGCAGUUUGAUUCCACCAAACAGAUCUGUGUGACACCAGCUGUAUAAAUUGUAACUGUAAAUCGCAGAGCACGAAGAUUUUGUGAGAAUAAAGAAACCUAUCUCAUGUA